AAGGACUACGAGGAGGGUAUGGUAGUGUACCCCGCAGCGCUCCUUAGUUGGUAGUGCCCGCUGCGUGCCAGGGUGAAGAUGAGGCUACUCAGAGCUUUGAUGAGAAGCGCCCCCCUAUCCAGCAGAAAUACCCCAAGCCUGGUUGACUUCUACUCUAAGUUUUCCCCGUCCCCCCUGUCCAUGAAACAGUUCCUGGAUUUCGGUUCAGUGAAUGCGUGUGAAAAGACAUCAUUUAUAUUUCUGAGGCAUGAAUUGCCAGUACGAUUAGCAAACAUCAUGAAAGAGAUAAAUUUGCUUCCAGACAACCUCCUGAAGAUGCCAUCUAUUAAGCUAGUUCAGAGCUGGUAUGUUCAGAGCUUCCAAGAAAUAAUUGAUUUCAAGGACACCAAUGCAGAGGACUUAAAUACAGUCCAAAAAUUCACAGACACAGUGAUCACCAUCCGGAAUCGACACAAUGAUGUCAUCCCAACUAUGGCUCAGGGAGUGGUUGAAUUUAAAGACAGUUUUGGGGUCGAUCCAGUAACUUCUCAGAAUGUGCAGUAUUUUUUAGACCGCUUUUACAUGAGUCGCAUAUCGAUUAGAAUGCUGCUAAAUCAACACACUUUGCUCUUUGGAGGGGAAGUGAAAGUGAAUCCAGCACAUCCGAAGCACAUUGGUAGCAUUGACCCAGCAUGCAAUGUUGUUGACGUAGUUAAAGAUGGAUAUGAAAAUGCAAAACAUCUGUGUGAUUUGUAUUAUAUGAGCUCCCCGGAACUAGAGUUAACAGAGUUCAACGCUAAAUCUCCAGGACAGCCCAUUCAAGUGGUGUAUGUGCCAUCUCAUCUCUACCACAUGGUGUUUGAACUGUUCAAGAAUGCAAUGAGAGCCACCAUGGAAUUCCAGGCAGACAAAGGAGUCUAUCCUCCUAUAAAAGUGCAUGUGGUUUUGGGCAGUGAGGAUUUAACAGUUAAGCUCAGUGAUCGAGGUGGAGGUGUUCCUCUAAGGAAAAUCGAGCGCUUGUUCAACUACAUGUAUUCUACUGCGCCACUGCCUCGAAUGGAAACAUCCCGUGCUACCCCAUUGGCCGGGUUUGGGUAUGGCUUGCCAAUAUCUCGCCUCUAUGCAAAGUAUUUUCAAGGAGACUUGAAGUUAUAUUCGCUGGAGGGUUAUGGGACAGAUGCUGUUAUAUACUUUAAGGCUUUAUCAACAGAGUCAGUGGAGAGGCUUCCUGUGUACAAUAAAUCUGCCUGGAAACAUUACAAGACCAACCAUGAAGCAGACGACUGGUGCGUCCCCAGCAGUGAGCCCAAGGACAUGACCACCUUUCGCAGCAACUGAAUUUCGGACGCUCGGAGCAGAGUUUUAAAAACGAACGUUGCCCUUCUAUCAGCCUCUCACAUGUAAGCUGGGCUCAGUAUCUGUAUGUGAACAAAACCAUCAGCAGUUAUUCAGGUGACACAGUCCUUGGACACAUUUCUACUUCGUCCUUCAGCAUUUACAUUAUGUAUUAUUGUUGCAUUUUGCCUGUGACUCUUGUUCUGGCUCCCCACUCCUUUUUAAAAGGGAAGCUCAGCCUGUUAUUUUCUAUCAUGACUUUGGUUUCUUCCCAUCUGUGUCAGGGACAGCAAAUAAAUCAUCUCAGGCAGGGAGAACCACAUUUCACUUUUAUGUCUUAUCCCUUGGUGAGAUGAAGAAACAGAGUGUACAGUGAGUAUUAGUCACAGUGUGGGGAAUAGUAAAUACUGGUAUAAUGGUGAUGAGCCAAUAAACUGGUGAAAAAGUAGCACAACCAGACCCAACAUAUUGGAGCAUUGAUGAAGUCCUCUCGGCAUGAGUGUCCAUAGGUCUGUAUUGGAAUCUCAUUUGCCCAGCACACGGGUGGCCAAAUUGGGCAAAUAUUAACGCGUUUGGCCAGGUCUAUUCCUGCACGGGCAGCUUCGCUCUGUAGUAACCAAUCAGAUUAAAUAAAUUCUGGUUGGUUACUGUGGGUUCUUUCUCUGAACUGAUAUUUAUUUCUGUUUCAUUAAUUUCUCCAGCCAUCACUAUAUGUAUUUAUUGCCCCACUAGAGAGAGAGAGAGAGAGAGAGAGAGAGAGGGAGAGGGAGAAUUUGAACCCUAGUGUAAUGUGGCCUUAACUCCGUCUGGAUAUAAAUGUGUGACAUUGCCAAUUAACCAGUUCAUUAUCUAGUUCUGAGAAGCAGGUCCAACUAGUGUAGGUUAAAACCUGUUUGCAGUAAUAUAAAUUAGAGGUAUUGGCACUAUCUAGGUGUUGUGGAACUACAGCUCACUGCUGGGGGUGCUGGUGUGGAACUGAGUUUGCUUAUAGAUAGUGUCACAUGGGAGUUUAUGGAUGGAAAUGCAUUUUGUAUGUUUCCAGUACAUAUCAGUAAUAAAGGCCUUCCACCCAGUACCACGUAUAAUAUAUACACUGUAUAUAGAUUGACUCACGCCUUGAAUUCUGAAUGACAGUAAAAUAAAAGCCUCAUCUGUUUUAUUGGUUGCUGGGGGCAGUGGCCCUGACAACCAUGCAACAAUUUGAAAUAGGCAAAAUAGGAAGGUCAAUAAAAAAAACUAUGAAAAUAUUGAAAACUAAUUUAAUUCAGUUGUUAAAGUGAUUGUUACCUUUUACUGUAUGACCUGUUGUCUAUUGCAAUACAAUACUUAAUGGUG